GUGAAACAGAUAUUUGUCAGUUUUGGAACGUCAAAAAAUCCAAUGAACUGGAAGAAUAUUCGUUCUAAAAUUCCUGAAUUUUGAGCUAACUGCUAAGCCGGUUGUAAACCUAAUUAUCGUAAUCAUUCUUAUUUUAGAGGGAAAAGCUACAUAUUCAAAUCUUUUCGAUACUAUAAACCAUGGCUGACGAAACAAGAGCUGUUGUGAACGAAGAGGAUUUAAACCAAUUAAAAGAAAGGAUGAAGCUGAUUGUUAGUGCUGAUCCCUCGCAAUAUCACAAUGAUUAUUCAUUGCGGAGAUACUUGAGAGCAUUUAAAACAGUCAACAAUGCAUUCCAGGCUAUAUUGAAAACAAACAAAUGGAGAGUAGAGUAUGGUGUGAGCGAGUUAAGUGAGAAUAAAGAGAUUAUAGAGAAAUAUUCCAACAAAGCAAGGGUACUUCGACACAGGGAUAUCAUUGGCAGACCGAUAGUAUACAUUCCAGCAAAGAACCAUAGUUCCAGCGACAGGAACAUUGAUGAAUUGACUAAAUUCAUUGUCUACUGCUUGGAAGACGCCAGUAAAAAAUGUUUUGAAGAAGUCAUAGAUAAUUUGUGUAUAGUGUUUGACUUGAAUGGUUUCACACUGUCCUGCAUGGACUACCAAGUGUUGAAGAACUUGAUCUGGUUGCUCAGUCGGCACUACCCGGAGAGACUAGGUGUAUGCCUGGUCACAAAUGCACCAGCAUUCUUCUCUGGAUGUUGGACUGUUAUAAAACAAUGGCUGGAUGUAAAUACUGCCAGUAAGGUUGUAUUUGUGAACUCAGAGAUGGAUCUGUGCCAAUAUCUGAUACCUGAUAUACUUCCUGACGACAUGUAAAUAACAAACAUAAAACCGACUAAUGCAAUGUUCAAUGGUAUGAAUGUCUAGACUUAAUCAUACAUGUAUUUUAUAAAUGUAUAUAUUUUAAAAUGACCUUAGGCAAAUUCACCAAAAAUUAUAUUUAUCCUCAUUUUAUCUACUGACCAUAUGGGAAAUAUAGCCAAAUAAUAAAUUACUAAAUGUAUUAACUUCCGUUGUAAUAGUACCUACUUAGUAUAACUUGGUAAAUUAAUAGUUUAAUUGUAUUUAAAUAUAUUUAACUGAAUGUCUGUAAAUAGUCGCCCACCAAAGAAUAUAAAUAACCACUCAGUAUUCAACAAAGUUCAAAACUCCCUUAGGUUUACAUCUGUGUUCACCUUACAGUAAACUCUUACAUACAUUACAUUACAUAGCUGUCUAUUUUAGAUCUUUAUCCAAAAUCUUAGUUAUGAUUGCUUUUUAUUUUUGUUUUUCCUUCAACAAAAUCCUUUAAACUUUACUUGUUCUUCUAUACACAGACUAUUCCGUAUUCCUAUAUACGUAGUUAUAGUAGUUAACUAUUUGUUUUACACAAUGUAAAGUAAUAGGUAAGGACUCUUUUGGACUUACCUGCUAGUCACUUUUAUUAGACCCCUCGCCUCAAAUCCUUGCCAUAUGAAUUAUGUUUAACAUGUCUAACUAGUCUCUCUUAGUAGGUACAAACUAACGAAAUUAUAUUCAACCUUGUUUUCUUCAAAAGAAAAGUUAUUUUAGUAUAAACAAUGAAGUUAGAUCACCAAAAAGUCAAUUAAUCAUUGCAAAUGAAAUUUGUUUUAAUAGUAUUUAAUUUCGAAUAGUUUAACAUUAUGAAUUAAAAACAAUGCUUUAAGUUUAUGCAUUCCAAUUAAUUAAAUUUGUUAUUGAUAUAUUCGUAAGUUAAUUUUCAAAGUUAAAAACUUGUUAUGUUGUUAAAAUAAUCUAUUAUCCUUAAAUCAGACCAUGUUUAGUUAACAUUUAUUGAAUAUUUGUGUCAAAAAUGCUGAAACUGUUGUAACAAAAUGUAGUUGAAUCAUAAUCCUGAAAAUGUUACAGGGUGACUUGAUAACAAUAAGAAUUUAUUAGGUUCUUAACUUCUUAUUAUUUAACGUAAAAAUAUGUAUCUAUGUUAGGAAACAUAUAACUUAUGUCGUAGGUAUGUGUCUUCUUAUGUACAAUAAUGCUUAUGUCAUAAUAUGUCAUGUGUAUUUCAGAAUUAUUUAUUUUGUAUUCACAACAACAUAGUUGUAUUAUUUAGUACAUAAGUACUGAAAAAAAUAUUUAUGUUAAACAUCUUGCUUGUCUGUUAUCCCGAACAAAUAUUACGUGAAUGUAUGCUCUCUUUAUAUUUCAUACCAUACAGUGUCACCCACGUGAUAUGCAUAGGUACUUAUUUUAUUUGCAAAAUACAAUGUUAUGUAUUUCCUUCUUUAUUUUCUAUGUAUGUCGCGCUCGUACUUAUUUAUGUAACUAGAAUUUAUUCCUAAUUAUUAUUGUUUGUUGUUCAUAUUUUCUGUAGUAAUGUAGUAAUUACGAACACUUCCAGUACCUGCUGAAUGCCAUAAAAUAAAAAUUAGUAGUUUCGUUGCGUGUACCCGUGUACUUAUUCUUAAGUUUUAUUUGACGUAUCUAUAUAAUAUUAUAUUAUAAAUAUUAAUAAAUGGAUAAUAAUCAUCAUUUAGUUUUUUUACUU